CUCGCCAGACACCGACACCGAACAGCCAUCAGCAUGAAGGUCCUCGCAGCUGUCCUGGCUCUGGCGGGCGUCGCCGCCGCCAACUCCGCCUUCCGCUUCUCCGACGGCUACCUCGACGUCCUCGGCGCAGAGCCCGUUCAGGCCUUCGACUGUGCCGGUCGAAGCUACGGCUAUUACGCCGACGUCAGCAGCGACUGCCGAGUGUUCCACGUGUGCCUGCCCGUGGCUGACGACCUGGGCGAGCUCCUCGAGACCGCCCACUUCUCCUUCUUCUGCGGCAACCAGACCGUGUUCAGCCAGGAGUCGCUCACCUGCGCCCACCCCGAGGAGGCCUUCCCCUGCGACCAGGCCGAGACCCUCUUCGACUCCGUCAACGCCCUCUUCGGGGUCAUUCCCGACGAAAAAUAG